AUGCCUAAACGCAAGCGAUCCCAACCUUUGACUUUUGGUUCCGCAUGUUCGGGUUUGUGCGCGGAGCUUUUUGCGGCCGAGUAUCUCGGGGUGGAAGCGACAGCAAUCUUUGCCUGCGACAAUGACAAGCAUGUCACCACGCUUAGCAAACAGCUGUGGCAGCACAAGUUCUACUACAACGACGUCUUUGAGGACGAGUUCGUGCAGAAUGCCCCUUGUGUGGACUUCUUUUUGGGAGGCUUCCCAUGUGGACCAUUUAGCUUGCAAGGCCUUGGAAAAGGGGUCAACGAUGAAGCCCAAGGUACGGUUGUGUACCGGCUCCUGAUGUACAUAGCCCGGAAGCAACCCACAACAUUUCUGCUGGAGAAUGUGAAAGGGCUACUGACAGCGCACCCCAAUGUGCUGCUUGAGGUCAUGACAUUCUUGCGGGGCUUGAAAGUCAAAGGAAGCAAGAAGCCGCUUUACACGGUGGUAUGGGCAUGUCUGAACUCCCGCGAUUUUGGGCUACCCCAGAACAGAGAAAGGAUCUUUGUGGUGGGUCUGAAGAACUCACACAAGAUUGCAGACUUCUCUUGGCCAAUCAGCGUCCCUUGUGUGAAAAUGCGAUCCUUGUCCUGCUUUCUCGACAUGGAUGAUGUGGGGAACAUGGUAUCAAACAUGAAGAAGCUCAACAAGACGGAGCUUGAAAACAUCCGGAAGAGCUACCAAAAGAUCAAGUCUGAGGGAGGCAGCCCUGCCAAACAACACUACGUUUUGAAUGCAGGGGGCACAUCGCCGCAGUAUAACCUCAACUACUCCCCGUGCCUUACACGGACCCGGUGCGGAUCGAAGGGCUAUUGGCUCUCCUGGCUCAACCGCCCAAUGAAGACACAUGAAAUGUGGGCUUUGCAAGGCCUACCCAAGAAGUCUUUUCCCAAGGAGGUCGUCAGUGAGAGCCAGCUUGGAAAGAUCAUUGGAAAUUCAAUUCCAAUUACAAUGUUGGCAGCAGUGAUGCGCAAUAUGUUUGAGGCGUGUCAGUUCCGCUAG